AUGGCCUGGAAGCCGCCGCCGUCGUCUCGGGGGAGGCCCUUCACGCUCGGCUACGGCCCCCUCGUGCUGAUCCUGCUCGUCCUCCUGGCCGCCAGGGCCGCCGCACACGACGACGGCGACGACGGGCACGAGGGUGAGCCCAAGUCGACCAUCACGACCACCACCCGCGUGACCAUGACCGUCACGACGCGCCUCGCCCACCGGCCGACCCUCGCGGCCGCCGCGCACGCCGGCUACGCCCUGCAGGGCUGCUACAGCCGGCCCGUCGGCAGCGAGUCGGCCCUCGAGGACGCCACCGCGCCCGUCAACGCCUCCCGGGCCGGCGCCCUCACCGUCCCCGACUGCCUCGAGGCGUGCGCCGGGGCGCCGGGGCCGCGUAGGGCCGCCGGGGGCAAGAGCGAUCCCUACGGCUUCGUGACCGUCGGCGACGGCAACUGCACCGCCCCGUGCGCCGGCGACGUCCGCGCGGCCUGCGGCGGCCGGGGCCACGUCGCUGUGUACACGCUGGUCGACGCUGCGGCCGCUGCGGCCUUUGCCGGCACCGGCACCGGCACCGGCACCCGCGCUGGCGCUGGCGACCCUGGCUUCGUAGGGAUCAAGAGCGACAACCCAGGACCCGGACCCGGACCCAAGAAGCCGCAGCAGCAGCAGCAGCCGCGCGCGCCCCCCGCCGCCAUCGCCGUCGGGUCGCUGGCCGGGGCCGCGGCCGUCUCAGGGCUCGCAUUCCUGGCCUGGAAGCUGUGCGCGCGGCGGCGGCGGCAGAAGAAGAAGCAGCUGGACAAGGGCAAGGGCAAACAAGAGAGUGGCGGCGGCGGUCUGGAGAGGCGGGAGCCCACGCUGCCUGUGCUGGAGGGUGCUCAAAAUAACCACCAACAACAGCAACGCAGCGACCUCGACGACUUCCUCGCCGCCCGCGGCGGCCCGCACCACCCGCGCCCGCCGCAGCUUGCCGAGGUCAGCCCCGUGUCGUCGCUCUCGUCCAUGGCCCUCCACACGCCCGCGACGGCGCGCAGCCUCGAGCCGCGGCCCAGCGGCGACAGCUUCGUGGUCACGGGGGCGGCGCGCCGGCGCGACAUGACGACGCACGUGCGCUUCGCCGACGGGCCGGCCGUCGUCACCGUCACCGCCGCCGCCUCGCCCACGAGCCCCACCACUCAUGGGGGCAGCAGCAGCAGUGGUGUGCGGCACCGCCGCAUGCUGAGCGCCAGCAAGCCAGCCGCAGCCGCAGCCGACGGCUGGAGCGCCAUCAACACCGUCAUCACCGACGGGCGCCUGGCGGCGACGCCGACGCGCGAUACCUUCAGCCCCGGCGGCGGCAGCGGCAGCGGCGGUUGGUCCCCGGCCGCGACUCCCGCCGCCGUGUCGGCCACCUCAGCCAUCCAGAACCCGGCGCUGCAGUACCAGGCCUACCAACCGCCUCCUCCUCCUCCUCCGCAACAGCAGCUGGUUAGCGCGUGGUCGCCCGACAGCAGCAGCGCGUCGCCGUCGCCGCCGCAGCCCACCGCCGGGUCCGCUCUGGGCGGCCGCGCCUGGCACCGCCGCCGCCUGAGCUCGCCGCUUGGGCCGCCGGCCGGUGGCAGUAGCAGCAGCGUCACCAACAGCCAGGAGCGGCUCACGCCGGAGCCCUUGCGUGUCGGCGCGGGACAGCAGCAGCAGCAGCAGCAGCAGCAGCAGCAGCAGCAGCAGCAGCAGCAGCAGCAACAGCAGGCCGGCCAGGUCGAGAACGAGUCGCCCGUCCUGCCGGGCGGCGGGCAUCAGCGCGCAGCCGGGGGCAGCUCAGCGUCAAAAAAGGCCGAAUGAGUGGG